AUGUCUCAAGUCAUGGUUUUUAGACAAGCUACCGAGAAGCGUCACGAGCCAUCCAAAUUCCUCGCCCUGCCACCAGAGCUUCGCAACACCAUCUACAGCAUGGCAUUCAAAGCCGAGGACCCCAGCUCGACAUCCUGUACGACAGCCCCCAAAUUGGAAGCCCCUCCCCUCCUCAUGAGCUGUCGACAAAUCUACAACGACGCCCACCUCCUCUUCUACGCCGCGACCACCUUCCGCUGCACUCUCGGCGACAAAGUCGCCCAAUGGCUCGCCGAUAUCCCCGAGCCCAACCGCAUCGAAAUCCGAAAAGCACAAGUCUUCGUCCCACUUGCACUGUGGCAAAUGCAAUCCCAACACCACAGUCUCUCCGACAUGGCCGCCGCCCUACAAAAGAUGGUUUCCGCACUGAAUCUUUCCGUGCGUCAUCUCAUGCGAGAAGAUUUUCGAUUUGAAAUCAAUGUCUGGGUUAAUCCUCACGUGGCGAAUGAGGAUGACUGGGAGAAUUUGCUCAGUAAGGGCCGUUGGGUCAGUGGGGAGACAGAGGAGGAUUUGAGUGCUGUGUGGACUUUUGAUCCACAGAAGACGGUGGCGGAGGAGUUGGAGAAGAGGGAUGAGGUGAGAGAGCACCUGAUUUUGAAGAAGAGGGAGGAAGAUGGGAGAGAGAGACUUGAUGCCCUUUGGGGCUGA